AUGCCUGGGCUUGCAGUGACACAGCUAGCUCCUAAUACACAAAAUCAACGUUUCUCCGAAAGCGAUAUAAGUUUUUUUGGUCUCCAAUUCUUCGGUAGAGAAGCUCAAUCAGGGUUUCUCGAAGGUUCUCGGACUCGUCGCACAUCGCGAGCGACACCGUUCGGAGCAGGAAGUGAAGUUGACCGCUGCAGCUGCUGGUUAGAAGAUGCAUCAUCUGUCACCUGGCUCGUUGACGAUAUCGCAAGGGACGCAAUCGGCUUUCUUCGGGAGCAUAUACCUCGGAAGAAUUCUCAAGGUCGUAUUCUGUACAGUAUUCAUACGGAAGAUGUGGCGAAGGCCGUAUCGAACUUGACAAGGCAGCGAGACGCAAUCCUCGAGCUUCAUGUCGCUGACUUAGAAGAUGCCACAACACUGUUAUUUGACGCGGAUAUAGAUAUGACGGACGUUACAUCUUCCGCCUCCGUCAAACGGCUCGUGGGUAUUGUAGGGCGACUGCCGCUGGCUAUAGUUCAGGCAGCUGCGUUCAUGAAGCAAUCAAAGCAGAGCAUUGUUCAGCCAUUGCAAAUAUACAAAAAUUCGGAGUUGAAAACCCAGGUUUUUCUGACUUUUCCACCACGCUAUAAUAGCUUAUCAUCAAAUGUCGGUGACAGCGACCUUCAUCUCUCAGAAUCAAUAUCUGUCUCCCAACUUUCUGAAGUUGCUUUCAUCUUGGACCCGGAAAGUAUACCAGUUAAUCAGGUCCUUGUCGAGGGAGCAAAAAAGAUGCUGGAAAAAUCUCCACAGUCGAUGUCAUACGACUCUGUUCAGGAGGUGGAGUCAGCUAUCGCAGAACUCAAACGCUACUAA